AUGUUAGGCCCUCAGCUUGAUAAUCUCCCCUUCGAUAUCCCCCAUGAGGUAGCUACAUUGCUGGACUAUCGUGACUACAUUCAUCUCAAUCGAGUUAACCAUGCCCUUCGCGAGGCAAUGCGAAAUGUGAAUAUCUCUCGAAAGAUCGUAAAGAAUGGGAUGCUUUAUAGCAAAGAAGGCCAGCAGGCAGCUAGUACCGGGACAGGCUAUCAUUACGCUAUUUCACAUUACUAUGAUAUCAACGAAGCGGUCGCCACCGCGAGCCCUUACCUGAUCUCUAUCCUGGCCUACGGGACCGAUUUCCUCUACCAACAAGGCACACUGUGCUACUGUACCGGCCACGAACUUCGCUUACUCGAUGUGCAUCGGACAGGCCAAGCCGAACGUGUAGUCAAUUUCUACAGUGUUCUCUUACGCUUGGUACCGAGCUUGAAGAGCCACAAUCUUACCAUAUCGGUGAAAUUAGUCCACUACUGCGAUGAUGUUCUUGCCUUCCGUGUCUUAAAAAAUACAAACAUCGAAGGUUCCACGGAUUUUCUGUUUGCCAUGGACGUCACAUAUCGACAUGGGACCUCCCGGCGAAAGCGGCUGCUACUACGAGCGGAAGUACCGACAGGUGCGCCAAUUUUCGUGCGUGGCGACCGAUCCUGUAUCUGCUCAGCGAGAUAA